CCAGGAUGCAGUGUGGACCGGCCGGGCGCUGACGGCGGCGGCGCGUCUGCGGGCGGAGCGGCGCGGGCCGGCCAGCGAGGAGCGCGGCGACGCGGGCGGGGACAGCAGGGCCGGGCGGGCGCCGCCUGCGGAGAGGCCGGGGGCCGGCUCGCGUGGGGCCGCGCGGCGGCGGCGGCGGCGGCGGCGGCGGCGACUUCCUUCGGGCCGAGCCGGACAGCGCAGGGCCAUGGCCGAGGCGGCCGCGGCUCCGCUCCCCCCAGCGGCCUGGUGGCACCUGGGAGGCGUCCCGAGCGGCGGCGAUUCCGCUGGCACCGAGGCCCCUCUGCGUGCCCGGCUCGCUCGGGGUCGGGGCGGAAGACAGCUGCUCCGAUUUCUCCGUGGACAAUGGCAGCUACAAUUCAGGCCAUGGAGAGGAAGAUCGAAUCGCAGGCUGCCCGCUUGCUUUCCCUAGAAGGUCGAACCGGGAUGGCCGAGAAGAAGCUGGCCGACUGUGAGAAGACGGCCGUGGAGUUGGGGAACCAGCUGGAGGGCAAGUGGGCGGUGCUGGGGACCCUGCUGCAGGAGUACGGGCUGCUGCAGAGGCGGCUGGAGAACGUGGAGAACCUUCUGAGGAACAGGAACUUCUGGAUCCUGCGGCUGCCCCCGGGCAGCAAGGGCGAGGCCCCCAAGGAGUGGGGCAAGCUGGACGAGUGGCAGAAGGAACUGUACAAGCACGUGAUGCGGGGCAACUACGAGACGCUGGUCUCCCUGGACUAUGCCAUCUCCAAGCCCGAGGUCCUCUCCCAGAUUGAACAGGGGAAGGAGCCGUGCAGCUGGCGUCGCGCCGGCCCCAAGGUUCCAGAUGUUCCUGUGGACCCGAGCCCAGGCUCGGGGCCCCCCGUCCCUGCCCCUGACCUCUUAAUGCAGAUCAAGCAAGAAGGUGAGCUCCAGCUCCAGGAGCAGCAGGCUCUAGGUGUAGAGGCGUGGGCAGCCGGACAGCCAGAUAUCGGGGAGGAGCCGUGGGGCCUCAGCCAGCUGGACUCCGGAGCAGGAGACGUCUCUACCGAUGCUGCCCCUGGCGUCCACUCCAACUUCUCAACCACUAUCCCGCCCACCUCCUGGCAGGCAGAUCUCCCUCCCCACCAUCCCUCCUCCGCCUGCUCAGACGGGACGCUGAAGCUCAGCACGGCCGCCUCCACGGAAGCAGAUGUAAAGAUUGUGAUAAAAACCGAAGUCCAGGAAGAGGAGGUAGUGGCCACACCAGUGCAUCCUACUGACCUAGAAGCCCACGCGACCCUGUUCGGACCAGGCCAAGCCACAAGGUUCUUCCCUAGUCCUGUCCAGGAAGGAGCCUGGGAGAGCCAGGGCAGCUCCUUCCCCAGCCAGGACCCCGUGCUGGGGCUGAGAGAGCCCGCCCGGCCCGAGCGCGAGCUGGGCGAGCCCAGCCCCGCGGUGACCCAGGACGAGACCCCUCCAGGGGACUGGCUCUUCGGGGGGGUCCGGUGGGGCUGGAAUUUCAGGUGUAAGCCUCCUGCGGGCCUGAACCCGAGGACCGGGCCUGAGGGUCUGGCCUACUCCUCGCCCGACAACGGAGAGGCCGUGCUGGACCCCGGCCAGGCCCCGAGAGCCUUCAGCGACCCCUGCAAGUACCCCGGCCGGACCAAAGGCUUCGGCCACAAGCCGGGCCUGAAGAAACACCCGGCGGCCCCCCCGGGGGGGCGGCCGUUCACGUGCGCCGCGUGCGGGAAAAGCUUCCAGCUGCAGGUCAGCCUGAGCGCGCACCAGCGCAGCUGCGGGGGGCCGCCCGACGGGGCGCCGGGGGCGGCGGGCGGCGCGCGGGACGGCAGCGGCCUGCGGUGCGGCGAGUGCGGCCGCUGCUUCACGCGGCCGGCGCACCUCAUCCGGCACCGCAUGCUGCACACGGGCGAGCGGCCCUUCCCCUGCACCGAGUGCGAGAAGCGCUUCACCGAGCGCUCCAAGCUCAUCGACCACUACCGCACGCACACGGGCGUGCGGCCCUUCACCUGCACCGUGUGCGGCAAGAGCUUCAUCCGCAAGGACCACCUCCGCAAGCACCAGCGCAACCACACGGCGGGCGCCAAGCCGGCCCGGGGCCAGCCCCUGCCGCCGCUGCCUGCCGUGCCCCCCGACCCCUUCAAGAGCCCCGCCUCCAAAGGACCCUUGGCCUCCACGGACCUCGUGACCGACUGGACUUGUGGCCUGAGUGUCCUGGGACCCACCGACAGUGGGGACCUGUGAGGCCUCCGCGGGCGACCCCCGCAAGCCCAAGUGUAAAGAGGCGCUUCUCCAGACAGCAGGGUGGUGCGAAAAGCUUCGAGGCGGAACGGAGCCUGGGGGAGAACCAGAUUCCCAGUUGCUGAACCGAUCACUGGAGCGGGAGAAACUACCAGACAACGCAGCUCCCACCUCUAAACAAAGUAGAAUUCUCUGAUUGUGAAACUGAGCAGCAUAGAAUUUUAAGUAAUUUAAUUACGAAACUUUUUUUUUUUUUAAUUCUUGAAGAAAAAGCCGGAAAAUAGUAGUAGCACCAGUUUAAA